GACUUAUUGACUGAGAUGGCCUAGGCGGUAAUAUAUUUUGCUGCGGAACGGUGCAUCGUCUUUGGCGGUGGCUUAGCUCGUUGAAUGCAAUCCGGACCAUCGGGGCACCGCGGUUCCACAUGAAAAUGGGGUGCUGUCAUCCCGGUUUCGUGGCUUGGUAUUAUUCCCUGGCGUACCCAAGCUCGGGGAUGAGCCUGAAUGACUUCCCUUCUACACCUGCUGAGGAUCCGCGCCUCGUCUCUCACAUCUCUCUCGGAUGUAGCUCCCGAGUCAUCAUAUUAAUCCUCAUGGUUUGCGGAGUCAUUCUAACACACCGCCCUCGUGAAACUUGAGAGCCUUGGCAUAUUGGUCCAGUGCACACGUCUUAAUUCUUACUAAUGAUU